AAUAAUAAUACAGCAACGGCAGCAGCCAGGGCCGAGAAGCACCCCGCCCACAGACAUUGAGAAUAGCACCACGGUGUGUUGUUGAAAAAGAACGAACGAGAAAAAAAAAACAGAAAAGGUAGACGGAAACAGCGUCCCGCGUGCCUUCGGGCGGAAGAGGAGAGCUCUGAACGGCCGGGUUUGCCAGAAGAAGGAAAACAUGAUGAUGACGAGCAGCGCUUCUUCUUCUUCUUCCUCCUCCCCAGCCGGAGGCAGCAGCUUUUUCACAGGAUUUACCCAGUUGUGCAAAGGCCUUGCUGUGAUUCUUGUUGGGGGAUAUGUCUUACUGCAAGUCUUUCCUUCAGCUGUCACCUAUGUUGCACUUAUUCCAGCAAGGACGAUUCCAUUUGCAUGGAACCUCAUCACUGCUGGCUACAUUGAGCAAUCACUUCCUGGGGUGGUCAUCAGCACAAUUGGGCUUCUUUUAUUUGGGAAAUUGCUGGAACCCCUUUGGGGUUCCAAGGAGUUCUUGAAGUUUAUUAUUGUGGUGAAUUUUUUAACUUCAAUCUGCAUCUUUGUAACUGCCAUUGCAUUGUAUUACAUAACACGGCAGGAAAGCUACCUUUACACACCUCUUUCUGGCUUCCAUGGGGUUCUCUCAGGAUUUCUAGUAGGCAUUAAGCAAAUUAUACCAGAUCAGGAGUUGAGUCUAUUUUUUCUGUUGAAGAUCAAAGCAAAGUGGGUGCCAACUAUUGUUGCAUUGAUCUCAGUAGUUAUAAGUUUUUUUACAACAGAAUCUGUAUCUUAUCUACCAACUAUACUGUUUGGCAUUUAUGUGAGUUGGAUUUACCUGCGUUACUUCCAAAAGAAACCUGAAACAGGCCUUAAAGGGGAUCCAAGUGAUGAGUUUUCUUUCUCCAGCUUUUUUCCUGAAUUUUUGCGGCCAAUUUUGGACCCUAUUGCUUCAUUAUUUGAUCGGGCUCUUUGUGGAAAAUCAGAAACUUACUCUGAAAUGAGAGGUCAUACAUUGGGUGGGAGCCCAUUGCCUGGUUCAGAUCCUAUUGAGGCAUCUAGGAGGAGCUCAAAAACUGUAAUAUGCAGAUCCCUGGCAACACUAACAAAAUGUAAACGGGGGUGAAAUGGAGGAGAACAAAAUGAGAACGGGGAGCAAGGGCGCUGGAACAAAGAUUAGCAGCUGAGAAACUAGCUGUCACGGGGAGCACAGAUGUUAUACUGUCGCAGGGAAACGCUGCCGAGAAUGUUUGAGAGAUCAUAAAGGAAUCUGAUAAAUUCACCGCUGCUGCAUGUCUUUGCUAACAAGUUCCGUUGGAAAGUGCAUUCCUUUGCUGGUGCAAUUGGCUACAGUCUUCGUGUGGAGGGACCAUCAGUUUGCAAUGGGUCUUUUGUAUUGUUGUUACUGUUUUAUGGGCAAGAUCUGAAGGAGAAUGAUGUAGGCAAUGUACGGAAAUGCAUUUUGAUAGCACCGUUGGCUUUUCUUUUCCUAUGAAUGAUCAAACCUUGAAGUGUUGAAGA